AUGUUUGACAACACGCAGUACCCCUAUAACUGCUUCAAUUAUGAUGGGGAUGAUUAUCCUACCUGUAGUUCUGACGAGGAGAAAAAAUUCACCAGACCAGCGUACAGCUACAUUGCCUUAAUUGCAAUGGCCAUCCAGCAAAGCCCUUCAAAUAAAGUCACCCUCUCUGGCAUUUAUGACUUUAUAAUGAAGAAAUUUCCUUACUACAGAUCAAAUCAAAGAGCCUGGCAGAACUCCAUCCGACAUAACUUAUCGCUUAACAGUUGUUUUGUGAAGGUUCCCAGAACAGAAGGGAAUGAGAAGGGGAAAGGAAACUAUUGGAGCUUUGCAACGGGAUGCGAAUCCAUGCUGGAUCUCUUUGAAAAUGGGAAUUACAGGAGAAGACGGAGGAGGAGGAACGUGAAGAGGGAACAUAAGGAGCAGAGACCAAGCAGAGUGAAAAGUCCUUCAUCCCCCAAUAUCUCCUCUGUGGACUCUGCUUUGAACAACAUUUCCUCUUCUGAAAGUAAACAUGAAAGAAUUGAACCAGGCCCAAAACUUCUGGAGCCUUGUGGGUUUGCUCCAAACAGCGUGACCAACAGGCAGAGCCUAAGCAAUUCCUCCUUAGCAAAAUCGGAUUCUGAAAUCAAAUUUAGCAUCGAUUACAUCCUUUCAGCCCCUGACCCUUUGCCUGUCCUCAGAUCUCAAUAUAACAUGCAAGAAAAUAAAUAUCACCUACUGGAGGCCCCGCAUAUUAAUCUCCAGUUCUGGACAAUGUGAUGUUAUUUAUUUGUGGUAACAAAGUCUGAGUCUCAGUGUGUUCAGCAGCCUCAUGUCACUGAAAAUCAGCUGCCUGCCUCCUCGUUCUCCUCCCAAGCAGUGCUCAGAAAGGGUUACAGACUCACCAGCUGAUGCUCUGUCUGUACCCAAAGAACUUUGCUAAGAUUAAAGCAUAAAUAACAGUUACCAAUAUCGGUUUUCACCAUGCUGAAAUUUAUGAAAUUCUAGCUUUAUUUUCUAAACUGUCUUGGACAUCAUUUAGCACCACAAAGAAUUUCCUUCCUCAAGCAGAAUCUGACAGAGAAGAGAC